AAUCUUUCUGUCACGAAUAAGGUCCCUAACAUUACAAACGAAGACAUGGAAAAUGAAAUUCUGAAAUUGCAAAAAGAAUUAAGCAAAUCUAAUUCGAGAGAAAUACCGAAAGAAACGGUAAAGUUAGAAAACACAUCAAGCUCGGGAUCUGCAUGGAAGAUGUAUGAUCCCAAUGAGUGGAAACAUUGUCCCAUGGGAUGUUUAUCUGAUGGACAAAUUCCUUGUCUGGACCUCCCGCUUGAUUUGGACGGACCGAGCACAUUUUUCUCAGAUUCAAGGAGAGAAGCAAAUAUGAUGCAAAUUGAAUGA